AUGGAAGACUUCCUUCACCUCCAGAAAAAGAACAAUGUGUUCAACGCACAACCGAAGGAUAGUCCCAUCAACAUUACCACUCAUGGAAGUGACUGGUACUGGGCAGUGUGCGCAGUCAUGUUUGCAUCUACCUUCGCGUUCUUUGGCUUCAUGUUCAAGGUUCCUCGGACGCAUCGUCUGUUCCACUACAUAACAGGAUCAAUCACGUUCGUGGCAGGGAUUGCCUAUUUCACCAUGGCUGCCAAUUUGGGUGCGGUGUCUAUCCCAGUGGAAUUUCAGCGGUCGAACCAUCUAGUGGCCGGAGACGCUCGAGAAAUUUUCUACGCGCGAUACAUCGACUGGUUCAUCACCACUCCUCUUAUCCUUGCGGACAUCCUCCUGACCUGUGGUCUUCCGUGGCCCACUAUCCUGUUCACUGUCGUUCUUGAUGAGAUUAUGGUCGUUACUGGCCUCAUCGGUGCUUUAGUCAAGAGCCAGUACAAAUGGGGCUACUUUACCAUCGGAUGCGUGGCUUAUUUCAUGGUCGCGUAUAUUGUCAUUGUGGUUGGUAUGUCCCACGCCAAGGCGAUCGGACAGGACGUUAACCGACUUUUCAUCAUGGUUUCUGUCUGGACACUGAUCAUGUGGACCCUUUACCCUAUUGCGUGGGGUUUAUGUGAGGGUGGUAACGUCAUCUCAGCCGACUCCGAGGCGGUCUUCUACGGUGUUUUGGACUUGCUUGCCAAACCAGUCUUCGGGUCAAUCCUUCUUUGGGGUCAUAGCAAGAUCGACCCAGCGAGGCUGGGCCUGCGAAUUAGGGAUGUUGCCAGCGCCACCGAUCGGGGUGUCGCGGAUAUCAACAAGCCCUCUGCACCUCUGAGAGAUGGGCCUAUUGCAAGCUCGAGCAAUGAUCACGCGGCCUGA